CCAUUUGUUUUGACAACAACCACGUGCGGCAUCGAAUUGGAAGAAUUUAGUUUUGAUUAAAUUAUUAUAAUUUGCUUAGCUAAACAUAUAUCACAAUGUCUGGUAGUAAAAAUCAGCCGUUGCUUUACCUGGAGGAAUACAGGGUCAAGCAGGAUCCACAGGAUUAUGGGCUGGCCGAUGAAGUCUUUAAUAUGGGUGCUUUUAAGAGCAAGCUGCAAGUGGUCAUUGUCAGGAAUGAUGAGGAGCACGGAUUAGAAUUCGAUCUAAUAGGCGUUUAUCCAGCGAUAGCAAAUGCCUUUCGACGCUUGAUGUUGAGCGAGGUGCCAAGCAUGGCCAUUGAAAAGGUGUACAUCUACAACAACACCUCGAUCAUACAGGAUGAGGUGCUGGCCCAUCGCAUGGGACUGCUGCCGUUGAAAGCCGAUCCCCGGCUCUUUGCCUAUCGCACAGAAGAAAGCACAGAGCAGGGCACCGAACAAGACACGCUCGAGUUUGAACUAAAAGUGAAAUGCACGCGUCGCAAGGAUGCCAGCAAGGAUCAGUCCAACUUUGAUGACAUAUACAAGAACCACAAGGUGUAUUCGGGCCAUCUGAAGUGGCUGCCAAAGGGAAAGCAAGGACAAAUCUACAGCGAGAGCAGCGUGGGUUGCAUACAUGAUGACAUACUAAUUGCUCAAUUGCGACCAGGUCACGAACUAGAUCUACGCCUCACAGCUGUUAAGGGCAUUGGCAAGGACCAUGCCAAGUUCUCACCUGUAGCAACCGCUUACUAUCGUCUGCUACCCCAAAUUAUCCUAAACAGAGAAGUGUCUGGCAAGGAUGCUUAUCUGCUGCAGAGCUGUUUCUCCCCAGGAGUCAUUGGUAUUGAUGAGAACGAUUGCGCGUAUGUCAAAGAUGCUCGCUACGACAGUUGCAGCCGGAAUGUUUAUCGUUAUCCGCAUCUAGCCGAUGCUGUCACUAUGGCCCGUGUACGAGAUCACUAUAUAUUCAAUGUGGAAUCUGUAGGCGCUCUUAAACCCGAGGUGAUAUUCCUGGAAGCCAUCAAAGUGUUAAAGAAAAAGUGUCGCGCCUUUAUCGAUGAAAUUGAAGCGGAAUAAAUAAAUUUAUUUCACACUAUUAAUUAUGCCAA